CUGACGGUGUUUCCGGCCUGUCCCCUGCCGAGCAGCAGCAGCGGGGUUUGUUUUCUUUCUCACGGCGGCGCUAAACUUUCGGUUUGUUUCACUCCGGUGAUGAUUGUGGACCUGCGGCGCCGGGUGGAUGAACUCAGCGCCCGGAGGAAGAGCCAGGUCACUCCCCGGCUCUGCUCCACCAUCCUGCCGUGAUCGGGCGUCUCCGGUGCGGGGCUCGUCUCUCCCUGCACGGCGGCUCUUCUCCUGGAUCCACCCGCUCUUCUCCUGGAUCUACCCGCUCUUCUCCUGGAUCUACCCGCUCUUCUCCUGGAUCUACCCGCUCUUCUCCUGGAUCUACCCGCUCUUCUCCUGGACUUGUCGGCUCUUCCGUCGCAGCAUGGCGGCCAGACCCACCGAGCUUGGUGCUGCGGAGCCCGAUGCCGCCGGUGAGCGGAUCAGAAACCUCCACAAGCAGGCGUUUGAGUACAUCUCCGUGGCUUUGCGCAUCGACGAGGACGAAAAAGGUCACAAGGACCAGGCUGUAGAGUGGUACCGUAAGGGCAUCACUGAACUGGAGAAAGGCAUCGCCAUCCAAGUCACAGGAACUGGAGAGAAAUCGGACCGAGCCAGACGGCUACAGGCUAAGAUGACCACCAAUCUGACCAUGGCCAAAGACCGGUUAGAACUGCUGGCUAAGCUGCGGCCAGAUUCUCAUCGCUCUGUUUACACUGACGGCUCUGACCAGGCUCUGUCCAACGGCAGCCUGCGGCGAGUCAGUGGUGCUGUUCCUAAGAAGAGAGACUCUAAUACGUCUCAGGCGAAGGUGAAACAGCCCACCAGACCACCCAGCAGCACCCCCCAGCGUACACACAGCUUCACUUCAGCACCUACAGGAGCCACCGGCCGAACUGGACAACACAAGGCUGCAGCUGGUCGUGGUGGUGGCAGAGGGAACGUUAAAGCCGGUGGUGCUCCCUCCUCGGCUCCACAGCCGAAGAGAGACAUGAAGAACUUUAAAAAUGUGGACAGCAAACUAGCCAACCUCAUCCUUAACGAGAUAGUGGACAGUGGCUCAGCGGUGCGGUUUGAGGACGUAGCUGGACAGGAUUUGGCUAAGCAGGCUCUUCAGGAGAUCGUAAUCCUGCCGGCACUGCGGCCUGAGUUGUUUACUGGCCUCAGGGCUCCUGCUAGAGGCCUCCUCCUGUUCGGUCCCCCCGGCAAUGGGAAAACCAUGCUGGCCAAAGCGGUCGCCAUGGAAUCCAAUGCUACCUUCUUUAACAUCAGUGCUGCCAGUCUGACCUCUAAAUAUGUGGGUGAAGGUGAGAAACUGGUUCGGGCACUGUUUGCUGUUGCCAGGGAACUUCAGCCGUCAAUCAUCUUCAUUGAUGAGAUAGACAGUCUUCUGUGUGAGAGAAGAGAAGGAGAGCAUGACGCCAGCAGACGACUGAAGACUGAGUUCCUCAUCCAGUUUGAUGGAGUGCAGUCAGGAGGCGAUGACCGUGUGUUGGUGAUGGGAGCCACUAACAGACCUCAGGAACUGGACGAAGCUGUGCUGAGGCGCUUUCCCAAGCGUGUUUACGUGUCUUUGCCCUCAGAGGAGACUCGUCUGAAGCUGUUGAAGAACCUGCUGGCGAAACAUGGCAACCCACUGACACAGAAGGAGCUGAGUCAGCUAGCCAGGAUGACUGAUGGCUACUCGGGCAGUGAUCUGACCUCUUUGGCUAAAGACGCUGCACUCGGACCCAUAAGAGAGCUGCGUCCGGAGCAAGUGAGGAACCUGGCUGCGAACGAGAUGAGGAACAUCCGAUUCUCUGACUUUGUGGACUCUCUGAAGAAGAUAAAGAAGAGCGUGAGUCCUCAGACUCUGGAUCAGUACGUCCGCUGGAACCGAGAGUACGGAGACACGACCGCUGUAUGACGCACACUUCCUCUGUGUGACCUCCGAACUGUGACCUGCUGGUCCUUAAACAUGAAUGAAGACUAAUUUUGCUCUUGUGGAGGAGCUGACGUCUACCAUGAGCUCCCCGGGAGGAGAACGGGCCCUUUUGGAGGAGAAUUUAUUCCGACUUAGAAAAGCACUGCAUUUUUUACAGAUUCUACUGCGGUACUGAAAGCGGUCUGGUGUGGAUUUACUGAGUUUGAACUAGUGCAGUAGAUUUAGAUGAACCAGAACUGAACGGAUGAACACAUGAACCUCUUGAUUCAGCGUCAGAUAAUCAGACGAGAACCUGCUUCAACCGAACUUUCACUUGUCUUGGAACCAUUGCCCGAGAAGCUGUGGAAGUGGCUCAGUGGUGAGAGCUUCACUACUGGAACAUGUUGGACUUGGAGGGGCUCUGGUUUGAGUCCCAUUGUGGGGGACGCUGUAUGUCCAAAAGGUGUAGACGCCUGCUCAUCCAGCGCUGCUUCUGAAGUCUAUAGAGAGUCCUUCAAUGUACCCUUCUGGGAAGGCUUUAUACGAGAUGUUAGAACGUUGUUGUGAGGAUUUGAUUGAAUUUGGCCACAAGACUUUGUGAGGUCAGUUACUGGUGUUGGAUAGUCAGUUCUGGAUCACUCCACUGCAGCUCAUCCCAAAGGUAUUGGGUGGAGCUCCGUCACUCCAGAGAACGUUCUCAGUCUGUUAGUGUAGUAAUUGAUUGCUUUUGUCAGCAAAGAUGGUAGCAUUCGGACAUACCGUAUAUUUUAUAUCAGGAUAAUUUUACUGUUGUAAAAUAGAUCAUCACCAACUGGCCAACCCAUGCUCUGUUUCAUAGCAACUGUUGCUAGGUUGGACAAGCUUUAUGUAACAUUGAUAAAAAAUCUCAUUCAGUCUUAAUGAGAAAUUGUUCAAAUACAAGGAGAUUCCUUCAAAAGAGGCCCCAGAUAUUCUGCUGUAUCUCCCCUGAGGAUGAAGCAGUCUACGCUACCCACCUUCAUGUAUGUGUAAUCGAUUACAUAACAUGCGAUGCUGGACGUGAUCUCCGUUUUUUGCCAGACACUUUUUUCGACACUCCAUGUUCCUGAAUCUAUCGGCAAGCAUUAAAGAGGUUAAGCGUCACGGUGGCUGUCCGGCGCCUACCAUAACAUCCCAACGCAGGGGCAUCCUGGCUUGGUCGAAGCUCCAUGGGAGCACAUUGCACCUUGUUUUUGUUCAGAUUACUUCAUCCUAGCGAGAGCUACUACAGAGUAUCAGGGGCCUCUUUCGAGUGAAUCUCCCUGUGUUUUUGCCUAAAAUACCUACAUUUAAAUAAAUAAUAUUUAUUUGGAGAAAUCAUGUAGUUUUUUGUGUAUAAUCAACCUACACAUAGCCUAUGCUCUAAGGUGAAAAGGUACAAACACUUAUGACCUAUAUAUUGGAUAGCUGAUGAUCAUUUGGAUCGGAAAAAUUAAGGCCAUCUCUGCCCUCUAACAAAACCCCCAAAAUCACAAAGCUCUUCAGAAAAAUGAGUGGAAUAAAAAAUAUAAAUAAAUCUUCUUGUGAACGAGUGAACGAGUGAGUGAUAAGCUGAGCUAUAGUCUCGAUGAAAGACCAGUAAAUGAGGGAUUCUUGGAAAAGAGUGAGACGUGUACAGAUCUCGGUGUCAAAUGUUCAUCCUUUUCAUUCUGCAGUGCUGAAUUAAUAAUGUUACGUCCUAUAUUGUAAAUACAAGAAGGAAAACUGGCGAAUGUCCUGGCUGCAGCAUUAACUUGGCCAGCGAGCAGCAUUAAAAGAGCAGAAGCUGGUGAACCUUCAGCUUCAGAUGUUUAUCCUUAAAAAAAUGAAGAGAACAUGGAAAAACUCCAACAGUGUGGCCUUUCAGUACAGAAUCCGUAUCGUUUGAUAUCGCUGUUCUAGUUUCUAAUUACAUUAAAUGGAGCUUAUGAAUGUCCAUUAAACAUUAUGAAUGUCCUUUAAAGCCUGUCCAACUUUGCAACACUUGCUACUAAAGAUUGCACCGCAUGGACGGGUCAGUUCCUCAUCAGGUUGAAUGGGUUUUUUGCCUUUAAGCUAUGGUAAAAAUAAACUUCUAGAGCCAGAACAGGGCAACCGGAUCAAGGCGGUGAUCUUUGUCACAAAACCUGACGCUGGUUCAGCACGACUGCUCAUCUCACGCCGUGGAUGCCUGCAUAAGUUCUUGUGGAAAACCAAGUUCAUUUCUUCAGCUCAACUCAGGACGACCAGUAUAAGCCAAGGCCCCUCCUCAGCCAGCAGCUCCAGCUUCAGCAGCAGCCUGUUUGAAUGCUACCACUAGUCGUCCAAUUCAGCACUUGAUGGGAGAUUCGGGCGUUUGUGCCUUUGCUUUAAUGUGGCAUAGAUAAAUUCUUCCUGUAAAUAUCAAGCUGUUAACAAUUCAUCCCUGUUUGAUUUCUACUUAUUGUAGGAGGUGAAUGUGUCCCAUAUGUGAAUGUGUUGCCUUUUUACUUGAAUGCACUUGUGUCUAUACAGAUUAUUCAUUUAAAGGACUGCUUGGCUUCAUAAAUCUAUUAUUGUCUGUUAUGACUCAUGAUUAGGUUACUUCCGCUAUUCUCUUUAAAAAGUCUCUUUCUUGCAGAUAAAAAAAAGCAAUAUACAUUUUAUACCUGUAAUAUAUAGCAGUUGUCUGUGGGACCGAUUAUGGCAGGUUUUGUAAUAUCUCACACGUCAGUGUUGUAAAACCAAUCCUAAUCUGGAUCUACUGGUAAUUUUCAGGUGUUUUUUGUUGUGCAUAAAGCCAAAUCGCUAAAUCCCAGCUGAUUUAUGACCACUAGGGGGAGGCAAGUACAAUACAUUUACAUGCUGUUAUCUGCAUUACUGAAAUGGAUAACACAAUAAUGAAGAAGACAGAAAACUGAGCCACCUCCCACCCCCAAGAUUAUAUCUAUGCAUUUUAGGUGCUUUAUUUUGUGUGCUGUGUUGCUUUAAGCACUGAUUUGAUUGGUAUAUAUGGCAAGUAUGGUGCUGUAAUAAAGACACUGCUCAUUGGU